AUGGCUUUCAAUAACCACCACGCUGGCCCAACUUCGCAGGGGUUCCAAGCUUCGUCGUUCCCAAAUUAUGGCAGCCCCUCUAGUAACCACCACCGUGCGACAAACCCGUCUUUCGAUAUCAUCGAAUGGUACCCGCAAUUUCAGAGUUGCCAUAGGUACUUCCUUGACGUCGCACAGCACACAAUACCCGUGCAGGCGCUCGCUGCCUUCAUCAACAUCCAACUGCCCUUCCAGAAACAAGCCUUUCCAGUAACAUCGUCGGCCGCCUCAUCUUCCCGCUCUGCAGGUCCUGAGCUAGGGGUGCAUUUGCGACCCAAUCCCUUCGCCAACCAACAGAACGCCUCUCAGCCCCAGGCUGUGUCUCUAAUACCAUACCUCCGGCGGCUUGUAGCCACGGGCCACGAUUCACCAGGUGUAUUACAUGGGUUCUUUGGCGACGAUUGGCUUCGAGGCGUAGGCUCACUACACGAAAUCGAAAGACGGAACUACCUCUUCGCCGCGAAGAGUGCUGACUGGAUGAAAGUGAAGCAGGCAUACGACAUGUCGUCGGAAGAGACGGUGCCCUUCUUACGGCCAUUGCAGAAUGUGUCAGAGAAAGAAAUACAGGCUGCAGAGUCCACUUGGAGCGAGUGGCUUGCAAUGCAAGACUGGAUGUUGGGACCAAGAGCACCAGAGACAAUGGGAAGGGAUCCGCGAGUGAAGAGAGAGCCGCAGGACUAA